AUGUCUGGACGUGGUAAGCAGGGUGGUAAAGCUCGCGCCAAGGCGAAGACUCGAUCUUCUCGUGCUGGGCUUCAGUUUCCUGUAGGUCGUGUCCAUCGUCUUCUCCGUAAGGGCAACUAUUCUGAGCGGGUAGGUGCUGGAGCUCCAGUUUACUUAGCAGCUGUGCUGGAGUACUUAACUGCGGAAAUUUUGGAGUUGGCUGGCAAUGCUGCUCGGGACAACAAGAAGACCCGCAUCAUUCCCCGCCAUUUGCAGCUCGCCAUCCGUAAUGAUGAGGAACUUAACAAGCUGCUGGGGAAAGUCACCAUCGCGCAGGGUGGCGUCCUGCCCAACAUUCAGGCUGUCCUGCUCCCCAAGAAGACCGAGAGCCACCACAAGGCCAAGGGCAAAUAA